AGAAAAAGCUCGGUGAAUUGUUCAACUCGAUCCCAUCCUAUGCCCUAGGGCCGUCGCUGCUGCUCGCGUUCUCUUCGUGUCGUCUCCAAACCUCCGAAUAAGCUCAGUGUUGUUGUUCGGGUGUUAAGGUUAAUGGCACUACGAGGUGUUUGGCAGCUUCAAAAGCUGGUGGUCAGCUAUUGUGAUUGGGGAGGAAGCAGCAGAGGGAUCAGGGCCUUUAUGGAAUCGAAUCUGCCUACUUUAAAGGAGAAAAAUCCUCAGCUAGAUGUGGUCACAGAACUUAUUCGUGGCCAGCAUCCUCAUUUGAAAGCGUUUUAUAAGAAUCACAAUCAGCGAGUUGUUUGUGUGAAGAAUCUGACUCCGGAGGAGAUUCUGCUCCAUGCAACCAGGCUAAGAAACGCGUUGGGAAGGAAAGUGAUCAAACUAAGGACAAGACACGUCACUAAACACCCUAGUGUUCAGGGUACAUGGACAACAGCCCUCAAGUUCUAAAUGGCAAAAGGUUCGUCACACAGGAAAGCUAUGUUCAAAUAUUUGUAGGCUGUGGUUAUUGUUUUGUAAGUUAGUUCUGACUGUAAUAUCAUUUUCGCGAAUGAACUUGAUGUGGUUUUCCUCAGGCACCUCAAUCCCAAGUGGCAAAACUCUUAAUCGUAAUGUUUAAAUUGUUGUUUGGCA